AUGUCCAAUAACCAUUCACAACAACAUCCCCAUAACACCAAUGAAGAAACCCAAAUAUCAGCCAUAACAGAAAUUCAUUAUCUGCCAAACAUGACACUUUCAGACAUUGAACCAUUUUGUAUAAAAACAGGAACCACUCCACGACGUCAUUUACAAUGUCGAUAUUAUCGAUUCCCCAACAAAAAUAUUUUUCAAACUUGGUUAGAAAAUAGGAAACAAAUAGUUCAUUGGGUUUGUGAUAAAGCUAAACCAGGUAAGCACUCAAUAAAUUUAGAAUUCAUGCAAUUUGAAUGUAAUUUUGCUGGAAGUUAUACUCAAACUAGUUUAAAUCAUAUCAAUACCACUAAUGAUCAAGAGAGUAACGAUAAUAAUGAUAAUAAUAAUAAUGGUGAUGAUGAUGAUGAUGAUGAUGGUAGCGGAGGGACAAAUGAAACAGGUCUGGUGCCCCUUAGGAAAAAAAGAAAGAGAGGACCAACGAUUAAAACCAAUUGUCCUGCUAAAAUUCAAAUGAAAGUAACACCAAAAGAUCCUGAUGGGAUAUAUGUUACUUGGAUUUAUAAACAUAAUCAUGAUGUUGGUACUGAAAAAUAUUUUGAUUUGAGUAGAGAUAAGAAAAAUGCAAGAAGAAAACCUAAACGGAGAAAGAGAUAA